AUGAUAGUUCAGAUCAAUCAUUGUCAAAAAAGAAUUAUCAAAGUGAUGAUUCCGAUGUUAUCGAAAUUAUUGAGAAUGUGCACCUCACCUCCUCGUGUGCAAGAACCUGCACCGAAGAAAACCUCCCAUCCAGAACCGACAAGCCAGUCUUCAGUUAACCAACAUGUUGAAAGUCUUUCUAUCGACGAAACUAACAAACUUAGAGCAAAGUUGGGAUUUAAACCGUUAGAUGUGGGCACUUCCAGUAGUAAUACAUUGAAGUGGUCUUGGGUAGGAUAUGUUGCCUGGCAAGAGUAUACAGUAAGAGAAAACACAAAUUAA